AUGAAGCUAUUCUUUUUCUUGAGAAUAUAUGACGGCUUCAGUUUCUUGGUUCAAAUGAUGGCUGGCGUCUUUAAAGAUCUUAAAUACUUCUUGCUAUUCUUUAUCAUUUUCAUCUUACAGUUUGGAAUGAUCUUCUUAGUCCUUUUCAAGGCUUAAUAAAUUGAUGAAUACAAUGGCGUAAAUAAGUUAGCGUACUUCUUGAUGGCUUUUAGAAUUUCCUCUGGUGACUUCCAGCUUGAUGAUUACCACAGUUAAACUGAUGGAUUAGUAAUAUUUACAUGGAUUAUCUGGUUAAUAGCUGUUCUGACUUUGAAUGUAGUAUUCAUGAACUUUAUAAUUGCUGUGAUUUCAGAAUCAUAUGAAAGAGUUAUGCAGAAAUUAGUAGCUGAAUCAUUCAGAGUCAAAGCUAAUAUGAUUAAAUCAAUGAUGCUGGGGAAUGGCAAGGAUUUAUCAAAGAUCUGA